GUAACGUCAUCCGCGAUGUCGCCACUGCUGCGCAUUUCCGCGGCGAUCAGCUGGGGCUGUUCACUCAGGUCAGGCAACCACGACGCCCGAACUUCCAACAGGGUUCGGUCGAAAGGGCCACAACCGUGCACCGAUUUGGACUGCGGCUGGCGUCCACCCGUUUGUCGUCCAUCAGUCGACCGACGUCCAUCCACUUGGCCGCGAUGGCCGUUCGCAGCCUUCCACCGCGGCGGCCCGUACGGUUGGUACGGCCGUCGGUCAGCUGACGCCCGCACCCCGCACGACCAUGCCCAACGAAAACAACAAACCCCGUACCCCGCUACUCUGUGGCUACGACGUAUAUUGUCAUUGUUAUUUGUUACUUCUGUUACUGUGAGCCCGUCUAUUGCGUUCAAACUGCUGCUCAGUCAGUCGAUACAGACCGUUUCCGUUCAUCAGGUCGUCUAUCGUCGGCCUUUGUGUUGUUAAACUUCGCGAUACACAAUGA